CAUCAGGAAAAUGUUAAGAAUGAAUAAGAUCAGCGCCGAUUCUUUCAUUUUCCACAGGUCAUCUGAUUGGUUGCUAUGGGCAACCAAUCAUCACUUCCUCUGGACAGGUUCUGAUAAAUCUCCCCCAUAGAUCUGUUAAGGAAAAUGACUGGAGUUCUUCCCAGUGAUCCCAUUGGUCGACGCAUCAUUUGUGAUGGAGAAUACGCAACGGUGCAUUACGUCGGAAUGGUGCCACCCACACCAGGCAUUUGGCUCGGAGUAGAAUGGGACAACCCUCUGAGAGGAAAACACGAUGGCCGCCACGAAGGAACAAAAUAUUUUACAUGCAGCCAUCCUACGGGAGGAUCUUUUAUAAGACCAAAAAUGGCAAAUUUCGGUGUGAAGUUCUUAACCGCUGUGACAAAGCGUUACGGGCCGAGUGACGACUGGAAUGAAACCAUGGUGGUCGGAAAGAAGACGGUGGAACUUGUCGGAUUUGAAUUGAUUCAAGAAGAGCAAAGCCAGUUCAAGACCUUACAAGACAUUUCUGUACGAGAAUGCCUGGUCAGCGAAGCCGGUGAGAAAGGAGAGAUACACAUGUCCUGUCCCAAUAUUUCCACCUUAAAUCUAUCGAAAAAUCUGCUGUUUUCCUGGGAAAAUGUCGCAGAAAUUGCCUUUCAGCUCGAGAAGCUGAAAACUCUUGAACUCAGUGAGAAUAAGCUUUCACUUCCAUCAGAUCCGUCUUCAUUGGCAAAUUCUUUUAGACAUUUGACCGCGUUGUCCCUUAACCGGUCCGGUGUAACGUGGAAUACGGUUCUACAGUGCGCGGUUAUGUGGCCUGAACUGGAAGAGCUGCAUCUGGCUUCAAACAACAUAACGGAGUUAGAACGACCCGUGAAUUGUCUUCAGUCUCUAACACUACUUGAUAUUUCCAACAAUCACAUUACGGAUGGAAACCAACUUUGUGCCGUUUCAGAUUUACCAAGAUUAAAACAAUUGAUCAUUUCAGAGAAUAAGAUUUCAUCUAUAAACUUUCCCGCUCCGCUCGGUUGUUGCACUGAGAGUUUUGCGUCCUUGAACCAUCUGUCCGUGGAUGGAAAUGGUAUAUCCCAAUGGGCCUUCUUCAACGAACUGAACAAACUCAGCAAUUUACAUUCUUUAAAUUGCCAGAAUAACCCAAUAAUGGAAUCCGAUAAGAACCCGGAAACUACCCGACAGAUUAUAAUAGCGAAGAUAUCCAGGCUGAAGAUAUUAAACCGGACUGUGAUUCUUCCACAGGAAAGAAAGGGAGGGGAACUUGACUACCGAAAAAUGUUUGGGAAUGAUUGGGUUAAAUCAGGCGGUCAUCAGAACACUGACCUCAAUAACCCAUUGAUGGAGUUUCUGCUAGACCACCCCCGAUACAGCGAACUUAUAACAAAAUACGGGGCACCCGAUGAGGCAGAAAUUAAGCAACCGCAGCCUUUUGCCCUAAAAAAUCAGCUGCUCAGCUUAACUAUUAUGUGCCCUGAGAAAGCUGAUCAAAAGCCAAUAAAUAGAAAACUGCCGGAGUCCAUGACGGUCCAGAAGGUUAAGGGCUUACUCUAUCGCUUACUCAAGGUGCCUGGUUCAGAGUUGAAAUUGUCCUAUGAAAGCUCCAAAAUGGAAGGCAAGGAAAUUCAACUAGAGAACGACCUAAAACCGCUUCACUUUUACUCUAUGGAAAACGGAGACCGCGUCCUGGUCAGGUGGUAAAACAUGGACGGAAUAUGUGAUUCUAAAAAAGAAAAGAUGAGCUCCUGGCAAUGGAAGAAAAGAUAUUUGUCCUCUGGCAACCUGCAGAUUCAGUGAUCACCGUACAGACACGAUCUUCAUGAAUUAAAGGGGUACUCCGGUGGAAAACUAUAA